UUGAUUCUUACACGUGACAACGGGGGGGCGGAAGUGUCAUUGACAGUCUUGAUUGUUUUGUUCUCAUUCCUAAACCUCAUCGGAUAAACAUAAUCAUAACGGCGUGAAUAACAUGACCACCAUAUCACAAUUUGUGAAUGAUCAGCCGGUACUGCAUCGGCGGGAGUUUGAGGAGCUAGAUAGUCGAAGAAGGUGUCAAUCUCAUCAUCCACCCAACACACCAAGGCAAACAUUCCAGGAUGACCCUAGAGUCAGACCACCUGGACCUAGAUGGCAAGGCCCUCCCGGUGACCCUGGGACUUGGUGGUCACGCCCCUCUGGCGACCCUGGAACCAGGCCCCGCCCCACCGCUGACCCCAGAGCCAGGCUACGCCCCUCCGGUGACCCAAGGGCCAGACAACGGCCAGCCGGUGACCCCAUGGCCAGGUGGCCCCUCAUUGACGAUCCCACAACAAGACCUCAGGUGGAUGACUGCGAGCGGAUGGGGACCCUUUUCGGGCAGCUAAACAAGUGCCUGCGCAGCGCGGGCUUCACCCAGAUGUACUUUGGGGAGAAGGUUGUGGAUCCUGUGAUCAUCAUCUUUUUCUGGGUCCUACUGUGGUUCCUGGGCAUCCAAGCUCUUGGGCUGGUGGGGACUCUGUGCAUUGUCAUCAUCUUCAUCCAGAAGUAACUCGAUCUCCAGCCUGUUUGAUUGGCAGUUGGGAGCUCCGGUGUCUACAAAUAAAAGGACUUGAACUCCAAAUGAAAGGACUUGAACUCCCUCGCUGUCUGUUCUGUUUGCAUUAAAAGGGCAAUCAGCUGCAAUAACUGCAAUCAGCAGUUACUUCUUACUUUUUUGGACUUGUAUAUUAAUGAUAUGUACCCAUUGAUUCUUGAAGAAUAUUAUGCCUCAUGAGCUUAGUUUAACUGUGGUACCCCAUCAGAACUCAAAGUAUAAGCUUGUUUUACCCUAAUGUUUGUAAACAAACACUGUAUAGCAUAGAAAAACCUGGUUAAAACUAUAAUUUGAAUAUCAUGGAUGGUCAGUCCUUGCAUCCCUAGCUCUGUCUUUGAAUUUGAGAAUGGUUAAAUUUCUCCAGCCCCAUAUCGCCACUUUAUGCUGAAACAGAGGUGGGGAGCAUGCUUUAUUUUUCAGCUGCUGAUUGACACUUUAAAGCUUCCUAGACUCAGUGAGCGUUUGUCAAUACUCAUCUUCUUAGUGGCCAACUACACUUUAUCUGGAGUGAACAUUUAGAGUGCUGGCAGGUGAAAUGGAGGCCUUGCUCUUAACUACAGAUCUCCUGGUUUCAAGCUUUUAAAACUCAAAAUCAGACCACUUUGCUCACUAGCUGCGCCCCAAUACUCAAAAGCAAUGUCUCAUUAUCUCCUUACAUGUGUGAGUAUUGAUUUGAAAGAACUGGAUCAGUGAAGUAAUAUGUCUAAUAGCUUAACUAGUUUUGUAUCGCAUAGUUUAACUGGUAAAUGUCAUUUUCAAGUGUUAUGAAGUUUUUGAUCAUGAGGGAAAGCAAUCAAGGAAAGGAAGUCUUUCAGAACUAUUUGGAUGCAGCCAUUGCUUCAAGUAUACUGAGCAGUUGAAUAUGCAAUCUGUAAGCCUCCCGUGUGGCGCAGCGCCAGCUGUGCCAUCAGAGACUCUGGAUUCGCGCCCAGGCUCUGUCGUAACCGGCCGCGACCGGGAGGUCCGUGGGGCGACGCACAAUUGGCAUAGCGUCGUCCGGGUUAGGGAGGACUCCUGUGGCGGGCCGGGCGCAGUGCGCGCUUACCAAGGAUGCCAGGUGCACAGUGUCCUCCGCGUACGGGAGUUGUAGCGAUGAGACAAGAUAGUAGCUACUAAAAACAAUUGGAUACCACGAAAUUGGGGAGAAAAAGGGGUAAAAAAAUUUAAAUAAAUAUGCAAUCUGUAAGAUGAUAUCUAUAGUGUACAUGGAAUUAUAUUAGAACCUGUAGCCUAAAUCAAGGAGCGUUCCAUGAGAUUUGCACAUCCAAGUAGCACUGUAUUUCUAUGAUACAAUUUGUAGUGGUCAAGGAAUGACAUUCCAUGAGAGCAACAUUACUUUGCUUCACAUUUUACAUUAUAUGCCAUUAUGUUAAACAAUAGAAUGAAGUAAAAUAUCCUUCAUUUUGGGGUUAUCUAGAGGUCUGUUUCUGCUGCAUUAGUUUUAAUUACCAAUGACCAUCAGGCCAUAUGACAGAUUGCUUUUUUAAGGCAAGUUGGGAGCAACAUUCUAACACCUGCAUGCCUACAAGGAUCUGGAAUGCAUAUCACUGACAGGUUUAUUAGGUUCUAUAGUAACGUGAGUUGUCCCCCUACUUUGAAAAUGCAUUCAAACAUAUACCUUUGAUAUGCAUGUACUUCAAAGUAAUGUGUGGUUGCUGUGAAGGAGAAAAGUGUGCUCAUGACUAGCAUGGAUGUUUAACUUUUGCACAUUUGUAAAUGGGAAUGGUAGAGAGAGUUAUAUUAUAUCAAGCCUAUCCUUUUGAAUGAAAAUGGUACAUAAAUUGUCAGGAAACCUACUAUUUUUAAAGUUGCAUGCAAUAUGUUAAAGUUGCAUGCAAUAUGUAACUUGAAAGCAAGUCUAAGAAGCGGUAGAUCUGUUCUGUGCUCUAUUUCUAUGCUUCCUGUUACUUUCGGUUUUGUUCACCAGCUGAAAAUACAAUAUUUUUUAGAGGGACAAAUUAUUUUCUACACUAUACAUUGCUUGUUUUGUCACAAACUGAAAUUGGGCGAACUAUUAGAAUUUUUGUAAUCAGGAAAUGAUGACGUGAUUUAUGCAUGUUGCACCUUCAGUGGAGGUGUCAAAAUACCCAUAAAACCUAGCGGUCAAACAGGGAAAUGUUCCAAUCGUGUUUCUUCCAUUCAUUUUUCCCAUAGGGGAUUUUAUGAAACACUUCAAAUAAGGGCUGUGUUUCGUGUAGGUUUACCCUGACGUGCCAUUUUGAUAACCAUGUAAAUCUCGCUCGGACAAGGUGACUUUUAUCAAUAUAUAUAUUCGGCUCUGUUUCCUCUCAUAUUUAAAAAAAAUGCUAAUUAGCAUCAAAGGAGACAUCAUGCAAAACUACAAAUCCCUUCAAGCUCCUGAAUCUUCUCUAGCUGACAACUUUGCUAACAGGUAUUGUCAAUUUAAAACUUGCAAUAGACAGUUCAAAGAAUUGUCCAUUUAAAGAAAUGUAGCCAAUUUAUUCAUUACUACAUUUAGCUAACAUUAGAUAGUUAAUCCAGAGAUUCUUACCUUUGUCUUGAUUUGGAAUUCUCGUCCAGAUAAUCAUGGCAUUUGUAGUUCUUUAUGAAAGCCACAUUAUUAGCUAAUUAGCGUUUCAUUUUGGGGGUAAAUGCAGGCUAAUAGAUUGAUAAAAGUCACCUUGUCCUAGAGAGAUUUACACAGUUAUCAAAACGUCACACCAUGGUAAGUCUACACAAAACAUUAUUUGAAGUGUUUCUAAAAUCCCCUAUGGGAAAAAUAAAUGGUUGAAAAACAAUUGAAACCAUUUCCCUGUUUGACCGCUAGGUUUUAUGGGUAUUAUGACUCGUACUGUGGUACUCUAUUGAGAGUGGUAUGUCAUUCUGAAAAUUACUCAAAAUGUAAUCGGAAGGUAGUGCUGUAAGGCGAACAAGCACUUAUCCUUGUGGUUCUUUGUUGUCAAUUAAUGUAGGAAAGGCUAUAUCAAAUUGCAAUGUUGAGAUUGACUAGGCCUAAAUAUAUCACUGCUUUUGUGAGAGAUACUGCUACUAUCAUACUGUUUGAAGCUUAUGAUGAUGAUGACUUUACGUCAUGGGUGUCCAAAUAUUCAAUAUUACAGACAUCAGAAUGUAUGAUAGACCACCUACUUAUACUACUGUAAGCCAGAGGACUGCAAAGCAUGCCCAGUGUUCACUGCUUGAGAAUAGUUGUUUAACUUGUGGAGUACUACAUAGACAUCACAUACACUCCUAGGAAAAUAUUCAGCAGCACUAUUGGUAGAGUGCAAGAGCCAGGGAUGUAGCCUAGUAAACACUGAUAAAUUAACAUUGUCCAUAAGUGCUGAUCUAAAGUAGUUUUUGCUACAUAAGGUUUAAGGUUAGGUUUGGAUUAAUCGACUUCAGAAUAAAACUGUCAUUUUAUAAGCUUGUGUGGCCAACUAAAAUACCCGUAGUCUUUGUGGAAUGCUUUUUGGUGUUUGGCAUGUUCCAAGUUGAUAUGCAAGAUUUUUAAAAGGUGGAAUGUCUAUUAAUAUCUACAAAGUAGGCUUUUAAGAGUGAUCGAGCACAAAGCAAAACAGAUGUGGAUCUGCAGAGUGAAUUGAGAGGGAAUUUGUUGGAUUGAAUUGAUAUAUCAUAUUCACUGUAAGUAUGUCUGUGAUCAGUUUGGUUAACAGAUCCCGCAUUCCUUUAACAAUGAGAAUAUACAGUAAUUUGUGUGUUAUAAGAAUGUUGAAAUUUGGGUAAAUUACUUGAUGAUUUAAAAGCUGGACGAUGUGUGAGAAAUUUGUAACAAAUGUUAAUAUGGUUUUCCCCGUUUUGGCAUUAAUUGUACACUAAUUGAAUGUAAAUGCUUUGCUACUGUAUGAGUAUAAGAUGUUGUAUGUCAAGUUAAGAGUCAAGCCAAGCGGCCGGUAGCCUAGCGGUUAAGAACGUUGGACCAGUAACUGAAAGAUUGCUGGUUCAAAUCCCUGAGCCGACUAGGUGAAAAAUCUGUCUGUGCCCUUGAGCAAGGCACUUAACCCUAAUUGUUCCUGUAAGUUGCUCUGGAUAAGAGUGUCUACUAAAUCAGGGGUACUUUUUCACUCAGGCCCCCCUUCCAGCAUUGGCAAAAAACCUAGCAAAAUAUCAUUAGCUGACAUGGGUCAGUUGAUCUAGACAUUUCUGACAAGUUGUAAAUAGCUCUCUAAAGUAUGUCAUGACUGACAUGACAAGAGGAAAACGGAUGAUGCACUACCCAAUUUUGAUUUUGCACCUUGUGCAUUCUACUAUUACACUUUUCAAGGGUAAAUUGAAAGCCAGACUGAGUUCCCCCUGCCGACCUCUCGCCCCACCGUUUGGGACCCACUGUGCUACAUGACUAAGAAUGUAAAAUGUAAGUCUUCCACAGAGGAAUCUUUCAGGACAGAAAAGGAUGGCAUAGCAUGGAUCACUGAUUGUGCCGUACUCAUACCAAUGAAUUAAUAUAAUCGUGCUUCAUUUUUAUUAUUGAUUUUUAGUUAUAUUGAUUUAUUUUAAGAUUAAGAUUUCUGAGUGAUAUUCAGAUCUUACAAUGUUAUACAUACUUGCAAAAUGAUUGAACUUGAAUUAAAAAAAUGUAGAUAAAAGUUAUGUUUUAAAAAAA